AUGCUUCUUCCUAUGAGCUGCAUUCUUUUAAUAUGUCUGUUGAGUUCUUUCUCAACCCAAAUCAAAGCCACUAAAAGUAUUUCAAAUCUCACCUUACCCCACCAACAUCCUUACCCUGAAGCUGUAGUUCAUGAACUUCAAGAGAAAAUCAAUGUGUCACUUUCCAGAAGAGAACUCCUCGGAAAAACCCAAGGCGGUUGUUUAACUGGAAACCCAAUAGAUGAUUGCUGGCGCUGCGACACGAACUGGGCGGCGAACCGUCAGAAGUUAGCCGAAUGCGGAAUCGGAUUCGGGCGCGCUGCCAUGGGAGGCAAAAACGGCCAGAUCUAUGUUGUCAGAGACUCCUCCGACUCCGACCCGGCGAAUCCCGUUCCAGGCACACUCCGUCACGCGGUUAUCCAAGACGAACCUCUCUGGAUAGUCUUCUCCGCCGACAUGACAAUAAACCUCCGCCAUGAACUUAUCUUCAACAGCUUCAAAACCGUCGACGGGCGCGGCGCGAAUGUUCAGAUCACCGGUCACGGUUGCAUCACACUCCAAUAUAUCUCAAAUGUUAUCAUCCAUAACAUCCAUGUUCAUCACUGUAAACCCUCCGGGAACACUAACAUACGCGCGAGUCCAACGCAUGUAGGGUACAGAGGGAUUUCGGACGGUGACGGAAUAUCAAUCUUCGGUUCUAGAAACAUCUGGAUCGACCAUUGCUCGUUGUCUUACUGUACCGACGGUUUAAUCGACGCUAUAAUGGGGUCCACUGCUAUAACGAUUUCGAAUAACCAUUUUGGUCAUCACGAUGAAGUUAUGCUUUUAGGUCAUAACGAUAAAUACACUCCUGAUAGAGGAAUGCAAGUUACCAUUGCGUUUAAUCACUUCGGAGAAGGACUUGUUCAGAGAAUGCCACGGUGCAGGCUCGGUUACAUUCAUGUCGUUAACAACGAUUUUACGCAGUGGGAAAUGUAUGCUAUCGGCGGUAGUGCUAACCCUACUAUCAACAGCCAGGGCAACCGUUACACCGCUCCCUCCGAUCCAAACGCGAAAGAGGUGACGAAGCGCGUGGAGACAGAUGAUAAAGAGUGGAGCGGUUGGAAUUGGCGGACGGAAGGGGACGUAAUGGUAAAUGGAGCGUUCUUUGUGCCGUCGGGAGCUGGGAUGAGUGCACAGUACGCGCAGGCGUCGAGCGUGCAACCCAAGUCCGCCGCACAAAUCGAUCAGUUCACCAUGUACUCCGGUGUAUUCGGUGAUCCCAGGGAUAAUGGAGAUAUAUAUCCCGGUUUCAAUGGCGCCGGGACCACCACUGGAGCCACCAGCAAGGGCUACAAUGAGGGACCCAACAGUGACGGUGGAGACAUCUUUGGUAUGAUAUUCAAAGGCAGUAGCAGCCAAGCAGCACCACCAGCACCAUACUCUUCAAUUGUAUUUGUUUCAACUUUCUUGUCUCUUUUAAUUAUUUUCAAUUUGGACGUUAUCACCAACUAUGAUAUUCUAUUAUCAUUAUUAUGA